GUUCUGCUUAUGGUUUUAUCGUUGAGAAGCUUGGAAAAGUUGUCACUGAUUGACACCGUGUAAAGUAUGAUUAAUUGGAUGAGUUUGAAUUGAAUGAGUUGGAUUUGUAAUUGAUGUCGGGUUUGGUUUGAGAGGCACACAUUUGGAGGUGUCCGCUAUUUAGACUCUGAUCACUGAUAUUCACAUGGGUUCCCAGUCCUCCAAACUCUUGUCAUGUUGUUGGGUUUCACGACAUAGCGCAUCUAUUGUUGAGGCACCUAAUGUUGAGAAUGAAGAGGAGGAGGUCAGCGACUUGCCUGCAUUCCGUGAAUUCACACUAGAGCAGCUAAAGAAUGCCACUUCUGGUUUUGCGGUAGAGGAUAUUGUGUUGGAGAAUGGUGAGAAGGCUCCAAAUGUUGUUUAUAAAGGGAAGCUGGAGAAUCAGCAGAGGAUUGCUGUCAAGCGCUUUAAAAAAACAGCUUGUCCAAAUGUGAAGCAAUUCUUGGAAGAAGCAAGGUUGGUUGGCCAUCUCUGUAACCCUUGGUUGGCAAACUUGCUUGGUUAUUGCUGUGAAGAUGAUGAGAAGCUGCUCAUGGCUGAAUAUAUGCCCAACAAUACACUCGCAAAACACUUGUUUCACUGGGAAACACAACCUAUGAACUGGGCAAUGCGAUUGAGGGUGGUUUUACAUGUUGCACAAGCUCUAGAAUAUUGUACAAGCAAAGGCUGUUCCGUUUAUCAUGACCUAAAUCCUUACAAAGUUUUAUUCGAUGAGGACUGUAAUCCUAGACUUUCGUGCUUUGGCUUGAUGAAAAGUAAUGGGAAUGGAAACAUUUAUAGUACAAAUUUGGCAUUUACUCCUCCAGAGUUUCUGAAAACCGGUACAGUGACACUAGAGGGUGUAAUCUAUAGCUUUGGCACUCUUUUGCUUGAUGUUCUUAGUGGGAAACAUAUUCCCCCUAACCAGGCCCUUGAUUUGAUACGGGACAGGAACCUUGAGAUGCUGACAGAUUCUUUCUUGGAAGGAAAAUUUUCCGAUGAUGCCAGGACUGAGUUAGUACGCUUGGCUUCUAGAUGCUUGCAAUAUGAACCCCAAGAAAGGCCAAAUCCAAAGUCAUUAGUGGCUAUUUUGACUACUCUUCAGGAAAAUACCAAGGUUCCUCCUCAUGUCUUAAUGGGCAUCUCGCCCAGUGCUUCCUUCUCACCUAAAUCCCCACUUGGUGAAGCAUGCUUAAGAAUGGACUUGACUGCCAUACAUGAGAUCUUGGAGAAUAUUGGGUAUAAAGAUGACGAAGGUGUCACCAAUGAGCUCUCAUUCCAAAUGUGGACUGACCAAAUGCAGACAACAAUAAAUUCGAAGAAAAACGGCGAUUCUGCUUUCCGGUGUAAAGAUUCCAAAACUGCAAUUGACUGCUACACACAGUUUAUUGAAGCAGGAAUAGUAGGGUCACCGACAGUUUUUGCUCGCCGUAGUUUGUCUUAUCUCAUGAGCGACUCGCCACAGGAAGCUUUAAAGGAUGCAAUGCAAGCCCAAAUCAUAUCUCCAGCCUGGCAUGUACCGUCUUAUCUACAAGCCUCUGCACUUUUCGCCCUUAAAAUGGAAAAUGAAGCACAUAUAGCCCUUAAGGAUGGUUCAGCUUUUGAAGCCAGAAGGAGCAAAAGUGUUUGACAGUAACGAAAUGAUGUACAGAUAUGUAAAUCUUCUGCUUUGCUCGCUUUGUCUCACUUCCUUUGUGAAGAUCAUUAUUUGGCACGCAUUGAAAGGUUUCUGCUCUGACCGGAGCUUGAUUCUAUUCAACAAUCAUAAAGAACUUAUUGUCCUUCAUUUCUUGUUCACAGUUGUAGUUUGUGUACAGAAACUGUGACCGAUUUUCACGUCCUUGAGAUUGUUACAUUCAUUUGUUUUGGAAGUUAUAAUGAUUUAUUUGGUACUUCGUGUUCGUGAAUCUACAAUUUCGAUGUAAUGCUUUAUUUGAUUUCCCAGAAAUUGUCAAUAAAGUGUGAAAUUUACUGGUUUUCUUUUUCUCCAUCUUCUUGGUUUUGAGAUGGUCAAAACGUAGAUUUGCAGUGCCAUUUCUGAGUGUUAGUUAUAUAGAGGAUACUUUAGCGUAGACCUUGAAAUUUAUUUUGAGAAUUGAUUGGAUUUGUGUACCGAAACUUUCCCCCAAGGAUGAGAUUUGCUAUUUUUGGAUCUUGGAUUUGUGGAAAGGAAACGAAAAAGAAAAGGAAAAGAUGAAUGAAGUAGGGUGGUUUUGGAUAUUGGAUUUAGGGUUUCUUCUCUCUUUUUUUUCCCGAAAAACAUAGAAAACUUGUUUGAUGAACUGAUUUUGAAAAUAGCUUCUGAAUUUUUUUAGGAAAUACUUAAAAGUUUGUUAUGUAUGUUCGAAAGCAUUUUUUGCACAAAAAUGAAAACGAUAGGUGUUUUCAAACUUUUCAUUGAUUUAUUUUUGAAAACACAA